AUGAGUGUUCAUUAAAAAAUAAUUAAAAGAGGAGAAGAAAAAAAUCAUCUUUCAAACUCAUAGCUUUAAAAUACAAGUGCAACUGACAAUUAUCUAAGAGAUGAAAACGAUGAUUAUGAUGGUUUUAAUUAGGAAAACGAUUACGACUAAUAUUAAUAGCAAGUAAACAAUUCUUAUGAUGAGUAAAAGCUUGGGGAUAUUAUGAACGAUUCUAAUGAAUAUGAAUUAAAUGGUUAAUCUCAUAGUAACUAAAUGUAAAGCAAUAUUUAGGAUUUAUAGAAUGGAGGCCAUAACAGCUAUUAAAAAAAUAAUUAUAAUUAAGCACAAAGUUAAUACAACUAUGAUCAUUUAUAAUAGCAAAAUGUUUAUAAUAGGCAAUAAGAAUAAUCUUAUCAAUAAGCAAGCAGUAACUAGCAAAAUUAAAUUUAGCAAAGCAAAUAGUAUUACAAUAAUGUAAUAAAACCUCAAUAUUAGCAAGCCAAUCAAAUAAGAAAUUAAAAUGAGUACGAUCUGUCUGACUCUUAAGAGGAUAUCGAUGACAACAAUCAAUUCAGCAAUAAUGUUUAAAAUGUUCAUUAUUCUGAAAUAGAAAGAGAAAUUUAUGGAAUCUCAAAAGAAUAGGAAGAGAAAGAACAAUAAUAUAAUUUAUAAAAAAGGAGAGAGCAAGAAGAAGCUAAGCUAAAACAUUAAAAACUAUUAGAUUAAUCUAAAAAUAAAAAUAAAUAAAGAGAUUCUAGAGAUUAUAAUAGUUCUCCAGAGUGUAUUUAGAGCAGUAGCAAUUAUUUUCCUAUAAAUAAUAAAAUUUAGAACGAGUGCCGCAUACCUUUAGCAAUAUCACUAGCUCCUUUUCAUGAGCCUGAAUGCUUAGAUACAGUCAAUUUUAAGCUUAAGAAAAAUUAAUUAUACUUAACUCCAUACAUGAAUGAAGAAGAUGUACCUAGAUGUUAAGCAUGCUAGACAAUAAUUAAUCCUUUCUGUGAAAUUUUAGAAAGUUUAUGCAAAUGGAAAUGCAAUAUGUGUUUUAAUAUGCAGCCAGUACCAAAAGUAUACAAAGAUUAAAUUUUUAAUAUCAGAGCUGUCAGGCCAGAACUCUAACAUGGUUCUUACGAUAUAUUGCUUCCUAGCAAGUAUAGAGUGAAGAGAGAUCUAGAAGUAGUGUAUUGGUUUAUGAUAGAUGUUAGUCAGUAAUCUGUUAGCAAUGGGUUUUUAAGGAGUACUUGUGAAGGAAUAAGAAGCGCUCUAAUGUCGAAAACAAUGCAAUCAAAUAAAUCACAUAUUAAGAUAGGAAUUAUAGGAUAUGAUAAUGAACUACACUUGUUCAACAUAAGCAGUAGAUUGAAAAAUCCAUAAAUAUUUGUGUAUAAAGAUUUAGAGGAAUAAAUGGAUAUCUUAAACAAAGAUACUUUGUUUCAUUUAAAUGAAUAAACUACAGAAAAUUAAGAAGAAAAGGGUGAGAAAGGUUUCUUUACUAAACUUAUAGAAAAUAUAAAACCCAAGUAAGAUCCAAUUGUUAAAUAAGCAAUAGAGCCUAAACAUUAAAAAUUAGAUUACGAAUAUCCUUUUCCAGAUGACAUAGUUAACAGCUUUUCAGAUUGUGAAAAGCAUCUUUUUACUUUAUUAGAUUAAAUUGAAAUAAUGUACGAAUAGAAAUAUAAAAAUUUUGAUAGUGAAUCUAGUAGUUAAAAGCAAGCAGCAAAAUAAAAUUAGAAUAUAUUUUUUAAAGCACUUGAAUUUAGUUUAGAUCAUAUUAAAUUUACAGGUGGAAAGUUAUUUAUUUUUCAUUCUAGUCUGAAUGUUCAAGCUCCAGUUAAUAAAAAUUAUACAAUAUUUUCAAUAUAAAAUAAGUUCGAAGACACUUUUAUUACUCCUUGCAUAUUUUAUUAGAAAUCUAUGUUAUCUAGGGAUAUAGUAUCCUUUGUUUAUAAAAUAACUAAAGAAACAAAUGGAGAAAUUUAUGAUAUUUCCCCAGCUGACAUCUAAAAUAAAAAGUAUCAAAGUGACCUAGCAGAAUCAAUUACUAUUAAGUAAAGUUUCGAAUCAGUUUUAAGACUUAGAUGCUCAAAUGGGUGGUCAAUUUCUAAUUGUAUGGGUAAUACUAGCUUGAGGACAGAUACAUAUAAUUUGCUAAAUAUGAACUGCGAUGUGAAAACUCAUAUUAUUUUAGAAGUUUAAAAUGAAAUACAAUAAAAUAAAAUAAAUUAUUUCUGCUUUUAGAGUUGUCUUCUUUUUACAAACACUAAACAGCAGAGGAUUAUGAGAGUUCAUAAUUUUAUAUUGCCUUUGACGAAUAAUCAUUUGAACAUAUUUUAAAGUAUAAACCCAAAGAUAUUAAUGACUUAUUACUCUAAACUAUACUUGGAAUAAAUAAUUCACAAGAUAGGAGAUAGCAAGCAAUUUGAAACAUAUGUAACUCAGUAGCUUAGAUUAUUAAUAUCUAUUUAAUUGUAAUGUAACAGAGCAGCUUUACUCCCAUGUAUGGAAAUAGUUAUUUUAAGCAUCUUAGGGUUGUUUAAGCAGAAGAAUUUUCUAUAAAAAGAUAUUCCUUAAGGAUUAGAUAGUGCAUUAAAUUAGAUAAUUUCCUAUUAACGAAUGAGUCCAACUGAGUUAGAUUCAUAAUUUGUGCCAAUCAUAUUUGACUUAGAGGAAAUCAAAAACUCUAAAGUAUAUGAUGAAAAAGGACAAUAUGUCUUUCCUAAAUCUCUAAGUUUGAGCUAUUAAAGUAUUUAUGAUAAAGAAAUUAUAUUAGGAGAUUUUGGAAAAGAAUUUAUUAUUUUCAUUAUUUCAGCGAAUGUACAGUAAGAUACCUUAAAAUCUGUCUUUAAUACUACAGAUUUAACCGAAAUAAAGAAAAAAACUAAGGAUGAAUUUUAUAAAAAUACAUCUUCGGUAUCUGAAAAAGUAAUGAUACUUUUAAACAGUCUAUCUUAUAUCAAGACAAGAUCUUAUGUAGAUUUCAGUAUUAUAAUUACAGAUUAAGGUGACCCAAGAGAAUUUGAGUUUUAUUAUAAAUUAAUUGAGGAUAAAUACGAAUCGUUCUAAAAAGGCUAUAAUAAGAGCUACGAAGAGUUUGUUGACGAGCUUUUAAAAUAAAUUAAUUGA